CGCCGUGCGGACAAAAAUGAUGAUGGGAAGCUGUCCUUGGAGGAAUUCCAGCUCUUCUUUGCAGAUGGUGUCCUCAAUGAGAAAGAACUCGAGGAUCUCUUCCACGCAAUUGACUCCGACAACACCAACCAUGUGGACACAAAAGAGCUGUGUGAUUACUUUGUAGACCACAUGGGGGACUAUGAAGAUGUCUUGGCCUCCCUGGAGACCUUGAACCACUCUGUCCUGAAGGCCAUGGGCUAUACCAAGAAGGUAUACGAGGGCGGGAGCAACGUGGACCGGUUUGUGACCCGCUUCCUCCUGAAGGAGACAGCCAAUCAGAUCCAAUCACUGCUGAGCUCCGUGGAGAGUGCAGUGGAGGCCAUCGAGGAGCAGACCAGCCAGAUCCGACAGAACCACAGCAAACCCAGCCAUGGCAUGGUGGAGACCUGGUAUGGAAGCCCCAGUCUGCCUUACGCCCCCAACCAGAAGCUCACGGCCACGGAACAAGGGAGGAGCCCUCUGUCUGCCACCUCGGACCCAAAGGAGGAGGGCCUGGAAGCCCAGGUCAGCCGGUUGGCAGAGCUGAUUGGGAGGCUGGAGAACAGGACACUCUGGUUUGACCUGCAGCAGCGCCUCUCAGAUGAAGAAGGCACCAACAUGCACCUGCAGCUGGUCCGGCAGGAGAUGGCCGUGUGCCCUGAGCAGCUGAGCGAGUUCCUGGACUCCCUGCGACAGUACCUGCGGGGCACCGCCGGGGCAAGGACCUGCUUCCACAUCGCCGCGGUGAGGCUGUCGGACGGUUUUACCUUCGUCAUCUACGAGUUCUGGGAGACGGAGGAGCAGUGGAGGAGGCACCUGCAGAGCCCUGUGUGCAAGGCAUUCCGGCAUGUCAAGGUGGACACGCUGAGCCAGCCUGAGGCCCUCUCCAGGAUCUCAGUGCCAGCUGCUUGGUGCACUGUGGGCCGAGACUGACCACAUCCCCAAGGCCCUGAAGAUGUGCCCACCGCCCUUCCCCCUCUUCUUGUAAAGGACGCCCCCUCUUUUCUAGAAACUUUGGUACAUGAGCUGUCUUUUCAGUAUACUUCUAAACAAGAAUGUAUUUUCCCCACUGUUUGGCGUGAAGGAGGGCCCCUUCCCCCUGGCAUCUCCCACACCCCCCACCCUCGCUGGCAGGGCAGUGUCUGCACUGCUGGGGUCCUGCUGAAGCCAGAGGUUGUCGUUGACAGGGGAGGCUUCCUCGAACCAGCACCCAGCCUCUCAUUCCUGGCCUCUCCUCCCACCCUCGAGUGGCCAUGCAUGACCAGCCCCCACCACGCCCAGUCCGUCUCUGGCCUCCCUCCUACUCUAGUGGCUGAGGCUCAGCAGGACUCCCCCUGGCCAGCCACCACCUCUCUCCUCUUCCCUUCCUCAUUGACAUCCCUCCACUUAGUAGGAGCCGUGACCCCGUAGUGCCCAACCUAGCCUGGGCUGAGCCCACGUGUGGUGGUAGAACCCAUAUAAUCAGUGCCAGUAUAGUAGACAGCAACUGGUGGGCAUCAGCACCAAUAAACUCUGGCUGGGAA